AAAAAAUUAGAGCAAUCCCCCCCCAAAAAAAAAAUAGAAAAACGAUGAAGAAACCCCCCCCAAAAAAAAAACUCUACCCCCCCCAAAAAAAAAAAAACUGAUUCAAAAUGGAACCCCCCCCAAAAAAAAAACUAUAACCAAGACUCUGCCCCCCCCCCAAAAAAAAAAAACACUUCCUACCUCAUUCCCCCCCCCAAAAAAAAAACUUCUACCAAAGCCAGAACC